GGGCUUUAAUGGCUAUUUAGACCAUAGGUGACCUGUUAUGUGGUAUCAGCAUUUUCCUUGUGGCAGUGUUACAACAAAGCAGGAAAACAGGGUAAUAGAUAUCAAGGGUUUCUUUCAGAAAUACAGUUAAUCCAGGUAGUUAUUGCCAAAACUCGGUAGCUUAGAAUAACAGCAACUUCUGCUCAUGAAUCUGUAGAGGCAGCUAACAUAGCUUCACCAUGUACUGUGUAUCUGUAUGCCCUGGACUGUUUCACAUGCCUCUCAACCUCCAUGGACAAGGAUGGCACAGACGACAUUCAUAAACAUGUGAGUUCUCCUAAUGCCUAGGCUUGGAACUGACACCCCUUUUUUUCUGUCUACAUUCUUUUGGCCAAAACAAGUCAAAUGGCAAGGCUCAGGUUCAAAGAACAGGGAAAUACCUCCCACUCCCAAUGAAGCAAAGACAAAGAUUUCAAUGUUUGCGUCAUGCUGUCUGUUCGCUGUGGCCUAUCUUAGAGCAGCAGUGGCUCCGGCCAGCAGCAGCUGUGCGGCCUCCUCCCAAAGGCAGCGUUUCUGCUGUCGGCUCAUCCGCUUGCUCUGUUCACUCACCUGAGCAGACCCUAGUUUCUCUUGACUGAGUGAACCUACUCAAGAUGACAUCAGGUUUUUGGGAUAGAUAUAUGGGAAUAAAAGAUGGAACUGUAACCUGACUGUGGAUUUCUAAGGAAGAUUCAACACACAGAGGAAAAAAUAAACUAGUGGCUAGCCUUCAGGAACGAUGUCCUUUUGCCAUAAUGUAGUUAAUAUUUCCUGUGUGAACAGCAGCUGGUCAAAUGAUGUCCGUGCUUCCCUAUAUAGUUUAAUGGUGCUCAUCAUUCUGACCACAGUGGCUGGCAAUCUGAUAGUUAUUAUUUCCAUCUCACACUUCAAGCAACUUCAUACCCCAACUAAUUGGCUCAUUCAUUCCAUGGCCACUGUGGACUUCCUGCUGGGGUGCCUGGUCAUGCCUUACAGCAUGGUGAGGUCUGUUGAGCACUGCUGGCCGUUUGGAGAAGUCUUCUGUAAGAUUCACACCAGCACCGAUAUCAUGCUCAGCUCAGCAUCCAUUUUCCACUUGUCCUUCAUUUCCAUUGACCGAUACUAUGCUGUGUGUGACCCGUUGAGAUACAAAGCCAAGAUCAGUAUCUUGGUUAUUUUUGUGAUGAUCACCAUCAGCUGGAGCAUCCCUGCUCUUUUUGCAUUUGGAAUGAUCUUUCUGGGGCUAAACUUCAAAGGCGCUGAACAGAUGUAUUACAAACACGCUCAUGGUUCAGGGGGCUGUUCUGUCUUCUUUAGCAAAACACCCGGGGUUCUGGCCUUUAUGACUUCUUUCUAUAUACCUGGAUCUAUUAUGUUGUAUGUCUAUUAUAGAAUAUAUUUCAUAGCUAAAGGGCAGGCAAGAUCGAUUAACAAUGCAAAUCAGCAGCUUCAAAUUGGAUUGGAAGAGAAAAAUGGAAUUUCACGGAACAAAGAACGAAAAGCUGCAAAGACUUUAGGGAUUGUGAUGGGGGUUUUCCUCACAUGCUGGUGCCCUUUCUUUGUCUGCACAGUCAUGGACCCUUUCCUGGACUAUACUAUCCCACCCCCCUUGAAUGAUGCAUUGAUUUGGUUUGGCUACUUGAACUCUACUUUUAAUCCAAUGAUUUAUGCAUUUUUCUAUCCCUGGUUCAGAAGAGCGUUGAAGAUGAUUCUAUUUGGUAAAAUUUUCCAAAAAGAUUCAUCUAGGUGUCAAUUAUUUUUAGAAUCAAAUCCAUAGAAUUACAAUACCUUACUGUUUUGCAAAACAGCUGGUGGUGAUAUUUAUGAACACAGCGUAACCAACUACAUGCACCAACUGCAUGGUCUUGAAGUCAGUUACUUGAUUUAAAGAAUGUAUAAUGAGACAGGAUGAUUAUAUCUUGCUUCCUACUUGGGAUGUAGUACAUAUGAUCUUAGCCAUUCUUACCAUACAUAUGAAGCUUUGCAAGUCCAGAAUGUAAGGUACUACAUUUAAAAAAACUUUUCCUGUUUUUUCAGGUACCACCAUGGAAUUGAAAGUGGUCCUCUACUCAGAUAUUCAGUGGUAGAAACCAUAGGCUGCAUUGGAAAUGCAAAUUAGAGUACUUUGUCAUAUAUUUGCUUGAAUAUGUAUGGUUGUGUUGGUGUUAUUGUUGUUUUUUGGUAAAAUUACACAUAAAUGUUAUCUUUAAAUAAUUAUU